AUGGGGAGAACGAAAUCAAAAGUCCUUCUCACGACGUCGAUUCUCGGUUCCUCGCUCUUAAUCUUUGCCACGUUUGGGAUUCUCGGCCCGAACAUUCCAAACUUGACGACGGGAACGACGACGGGUUUGAAGCGUCGACAUUCGUUUCGAAUCGGGAAGAAUGCGCUGCGGGAAGAUUACGAAGCCCAUCAUCAUCCUCAUCCUCAUCUGAGAACGACAAUAAGAGAAGAUUCGGAGCAGAAAGACGAAGAUAUGAUGGCGAAUUUAGUGCCGAGUUUAGAAAAAGAGGAGGAGGAGGAGGAGGAGGAGGAGGAGGAAAACGUUUUAGUCGUCCCGUUCUCUUCCUCCUCCACCUCGAAAAAAGAAGAGGAGAGUUUGAUAAAAUCGACGUCAGCGGACAUGGACAUCGAAACGGAGGAAGAUCUGCAUCCGUUCAGAGGUCGGAAACCGAGACCUCCGCCGGAGAAGUUUACGACACGAAACGAAGCGACGACGACCUCUCCGGAACACGUGCUCGAUCCGAACAGGAUGCAAAUAAUCUCUCUCGAUCAUCCGCGAGCGUUUCUGUAUAAGCGGUUCAUGACGGACGAAGAGUGCGAUUUUUUGAUCGAUCACAGUAAAAGUCGGAUGUCAAAGAGUGGCGUCGUGGACGCGGAGACGGGUGGGACCGCGAAAUCGGACAUUAGGACGAGCACGGGGAGUUUUGUUGGGAUUGGAGCGAAUGACUUGAUGAAAAAGUUAGAAAAGCGAGUGGCGACGUUUUCGAUGUUGCCGGUGAAGCAUCAAGAGGCGACGCAGGUGUUGAGAUACGAGGUUAAGCAGGAAUAUAGAGCGCAUUACGAUUAUUUUUUCCACAAAGGAGGCAUGGCGAACAAUCGAAUUGUGACGAUUUUGAUGUAUUUGCACGAACCGGAAUUUGGAGGAGAGACGGUGUUUCCAAAUACGGAGGUUCCAUUAGAGAGAGCGGAGAAAGGAUGGGGGAAGAAUUUCUCGGAGUGCGGGAAUAGAGGGAGGGCAGCGGUGGUAAGAAAAGGCGACGCGUUGAUAUUCUGGUCCAUGAAACCUGGCGGGGAAUUAGAUCCCGGGUCGUCGCACGCCGGGUGCCCAGUCGUGAGAGGAGAGAAGUGGACGGCGACGAAGUGGAUUCACGUAAAUCCAACGAACCAAUGGAACCAGAACAAUCACAAGGUGCACUACGCAGGGGGACCGGCGAAUUCAGAAACUUGUAAAGAUACGAACGCGGCGUGUCCGGGAUGGGCAGAGGGUGGAGAGUGUACGGCAAAUCCGGGAUUCAUGGUGAAUUCGUGUAAGGUCUCGUGUAGGCAAUGCGUAGGCGGCUGGCGGGACGGCUCGUAUACGAAACCAGUGCUGAGCUGA